AUGACCCAAUACAGGGAGAAGGAAGCCGGAAACGGGAGAGACGUGCCCCUAGAAGGGGGAUUGCGGGGCCGCAGCCCGGCGCGGUGGAGGGCGCGCCGGCAAGGGCCGCGGCGCAGCGUGCUCCCGGCGUAUCCCUACGCGGGUCCGCGCGGCCGCGAGGCCAAGGCCCGCGGAGAGGGGGAGGCGAGCGCCCGAGGGGGCGGGAGCCGGCGGGCGGGGCGGGGGUGGGUGGGCCCGGGCCCGCCGAUUGGUCGACGGCGGGAGAGACGCUCCCGCACGCCGCCCGCUCUGAUUGGCCCAACGGAGGAGGAGGAGGAGGAAGCAGCGGAGGAGAAGAAGGGGGCGGGCGAGGGCGGCAAGGACGGGGAGGGGGGCAAGGAGGGCGAGAAGAAGAACGGCAAGUACGAGAAGCCGCCGUUCAGCUACAACGCGCUCAUCAUGAUGGCCAUCCGGCAGAGCCCGGAGAAGCGGCUGACGCUCAACGGCAUCUACGAGUUCAUCAUGAAGAACUUCCCCUACUACCGCGAGAACAAGCAGGGCUGGCAGAACUCCAUCCGCCACAACCUGUCCCUCAACAAGUGCUUCGUGAAGGUGCCGCGCCACUACGACGACCCGGGCAAGGGCAACUACUGGAUGCUGGACCCGUCGAGCGACGACGUGUUCAUCGGCGGCACGACGGGCAAGCUGCGGCGCCGCUCCACCACGUCGCGGGCCAAGCUGGCCUUCAAGCGCGGGGCGCGCCUCACCUCCACCGGCCUCACCUUCAUGGACCGCGCCGGCUCCCUCUACUGGCCCAUGUCGCCCUUCCUCUCCCUGCACCACCCCCGCGCCAGCAGCACUUUGAGUUACAACGGCACCACGUCGGCCUACCCCAGCCACCCCAUGCCCUACAGCUCCGUGUUGACUCAGAACUCGCUGGGCAACAACCACUCCUUCUCCACGGCCAACGGCCUGAGCGUGGACCGCCUGGUCAACGGGGAGAUCCCGUACGCCACGCACCACCUCACGGCCGCCGCGCUCGCCGCCUCGGUGCCCUGCGGCCUGUCGGUGCCCUGCUCCGGGACCUACUCCCUCAACCCCUGCUCGGUCAACCUGCUCGCGGGCCAGACCAGUUACUUUUUCCCCCACGUCCCGCACCCGUCAAUGACUUCGCAGAGCAGCACGUCCAUGAGCGCCCGGGCCGCGUCCUCCUCCACGUCUCCGCAGGCCCCCUCGACCCUGCCCUGUGAGUCUUUAAGACCCUCUUUGCCAAGUUUCACGACGGGACUGUCCGGGGGACUGUCUGAUUAUUUCACACAUCAAAAUCAGGGGUCUUCUUCCAACCCUUUAAUACAUUAA